CACCGCUCGAAUUUUGCAGAGAAUCUAUGGCAAAGUGGAUAUACAUGGGAUCGCGUCGGCGCAAGCAAAAGCAAAGCAAACAAUUAAUCGUGGGCGCGUCAAAUUCGCAACUUUGAAUCAGUGUAUAUUUUUAUCAGUGAAAAACAGUGAAGAAUAAUUCAGUUGAAAAUAUCACAAAUAUUUUAAAAAAUUGACAAUCUUCAUUGUGUUUGCUAACGUCCUGUAAAUUGAAGGGACUCACGACGGUGUCGUGACGCGUGCAUGAAACACUGCUUGAAGGAACAAGCGGGCGGUUCCCACAUUUAAGCAACAAGUGUCAGCGAAAAAUAAUUCAAAAAAUUGUGUUAAACAAUUAAUCAAGAUUUAGCAUAAACAAAAAUCAAUCAUCAGGAUGGGGUGCGCCUUCAGCACCACAGGUGAAAAAGCUGCUGUUGAGCGCUCAAAGAAGAUCGACAAGGACUUACGAGCUGAUGGCGAACGAGCUGCUAGUGAGGUCAAGCUUCUUUUGCUUGGUGCGGGAGAAUCUGGAAAAUCUACAAUAGUGAAACAAAUGAAAAUAAUUCAUGAGACUGGCUACAGUAGAGAAGAAUGUGAACAGUAUAAACCGGUUGUGUAUAGCAAUACAAUUCAAAGUUUAAUAGCAAUAAUUCGAGCUAUGGGUCAACUUGGCAUUGAUUUUGCAGAUCCAAAAAAAGCGGAAAUCGCGCGACAAUUUUUUACUCUAGCUUCCGCGGCAGAAGAGGGUGAACUCACUGGGGAACUUGUUCUAUUAAUGAAGAGAUUAUGGCAAGAUGCAGGAGUACAACACUGUUUCACUCGGAGUCGUGAAUACCAACUAAACGAUUCUGCAGCAUAUUAUUUAAAUGCUUUAGACCGCAUAUCUCAACCAAAUUAUAUUCCCACACAACAGGACGUUCUCAGGACACGUGUCAAAACUACUGGAAUUGUUGAAACAUAUUUCUCAUUUAAAGGAUUACAUUUUAAAAUGUUUGAUGUAGGUGGUCAACGUUCAGAAAGGAAAAAAUGGAUCCACUGUUUUGAAGGUGUUACUGCGAUAAUAUUCUGUGUCGCCUUAAGUGGUUAUGAUCUUGUUUUGGCUGAAGAUGAAGAAAUGAAUAGGAUGAUCGAGUCUAUGAAGCUAUUUGAUUCAAUUUGUAACAGUAAAUGGUUCGUAGAUACGUCAAUAAUUCUUUUCUUAAAUAAGAAGGAUCUAUUUGAAGAAAAAAUUGCCAAAAGUCCGUUAUCAAUUUGUUUCCCGGAAUAUAAAGGUGGUAAUACGUAUGAGGAGUGUGCCUCAUAUAUUCAGAUGAAAUUCGAAAAUUUAAAUAAAAGAAAAGAUCAAAAACAGAUUUAUACACAUUUUACAUGUGCCACUGACACGUCGAAUAUUCAAUUUGUAUUUGAUGCCGUGACUGAUGUUAUAAUUAAGAACAAUUUAAGCAACUGUGGACUGCUUAGUUGAACAUCGAUAGUAAUGGUGAUAAAUUGUCACAUUUAAUUGAAUAUUUGUAAUACAUAGAUUAUUAUUAAUCCUUAUCCAAAGUCAUUAAAAUUUAUUUUGGCAAUUUGAUAAGGUUAUUGCCAAUAUGCACAAAAUUUUUCUGUCAGAAAAAUAAUUUUAAAAAAUCAUCUAAGAAUUUUUUUAAAAUUUAU